UUUCUACCUCCGAGACGAUUAUCAGCUUUUCGUUGAUAUAGCAAAAAGCAACGACGCUGUCAUAAGCGAGCUGCAGGCAAUGUAUGAGACGAACCCCCCCAGAAAUGUUUGCCACUCUCGAUGCCUUGAACAUUCUCCUGAAGAAAGUGCAGCCCUCCGAAAAUGGACUUUUGCCCUUUGAUGCCUGCGUAGCGUGGCUCAAAAGCGUCAAGUCCAUUAAGCCCUGGGUGGAGUGGAUCAGUCUGGACAACUACCAGCUUCAGUUCUACCAGAAGAAGAAGAAACUCCUGGAGAGUGUGUUACAUCGCUGGACCUGCACCAACAUUGUCUACAUGUUGAUUGACCACCUGCUGCACAAUGAGACACAAAUAGAGGAGAAAGUCCUGAGGCUUGUGGUGAAGCAUUUAAUCUUCCUCUGGAAUCGCCUCUACGUAACCUCGGGAUUUGAGCCGGAGAAGACUUUUGAUUUGGUGACGAAAGUGCUGAAGAAAUGCAACGAGAAUGCCGAUGCUGUGUAUCUGGUGAAGGGUGUGAAGGAAUGCAAGAGCUGCCUGCAGGAGAUCACUGACCCGGCGGAGCUGCCCUGCGGCCACAUCUUCUGCACUCGCUGCAUCCUGGAGUGGGCGAACAAGCAGUGUAAGAUCUGCAAGGCGGAAUUCCCGGAGGAUUAUACGCCCACGAGGUUUCCCGGUGCUGGCAAAAACCUGCCUGUCUCAAGUGUCUUCAUGUUAAAUAUUGGGAUAGAAGAUGCUGUGUACAAGCCGAAAAGCGAGUUGUCGCCCUUCGAAGAGUGCAUGACUACCGUCCAGUCCUCCCUCCUGAAGCUGCUGCUGCGAUGCGGGUUCAACAACGUCAAGGUUCACUUGGAAGAAUACCUGUCCCAGACGGAGGAAAAGAUAAUAUCCAACCAAAGUAAGAUGGACCAUUUCUGCUUCAUGGUGGUGCACUGUCUGGAGGAUUUUACGUAUCCUUCUUCUGAAGACGUCAGCCAGCUUGCUGAAAACUGCCUCGCCACCGCAGACCUGUCCGCUUUCUGCAAGCCCGAGGUCUCAAGAAUUAACACCCUCCAGUUCAUUGCCUAG